AUGGAGAAACCUAUUGUCGAUGAGGAUGGAGAGGUGAAGACAGACGGUGCGUCGUCAACGGCAUCCGAAUCGGAAUCCGAGAAAAGAGUUAGAACGGAUUCUGAGAGGUCUGCUGGAAAGGGAGAGAAGAAGAAGAAGCAUCAUAAGAAGGAGAAGAAACACAAGAAGGAAAAGAAACACAAAAAGGAGAAAAAGCAUAGAAGAGAUAAGGAUCGAGAAGUAGCGGACGAACCUCCAGCAAAACGACGGAAUGUAGAGGACGAGAAGAAUGGGAAGAAUGGAUCGCAGAGAAGGGGUAGAAAGGAUUCUGAGAGACGAGAGAGAUCGAAAAGUCGUGAUCGUAAAAGUCCGCCACGAAGAGAACGCUCCAAAAGUGCGGAACGACGAGAUCGAGAGCUUCGUCGAAGAAGAGAAGCUGAGCGGCGGGACAGAGAGACUCAGCGACAACGGGAUGAUCAUAGACGACACGGAGAUACUAGAAGACGUGAUAGGAGCGUGGAGAACGCGAGAAACGUUCGAGACGAUCGGAAAAGAGGCGAUGAUCAUCGCAGUGACAGAAGGAGCCCUGAUAGAAGACGUGGCGAUCGAGAUAGACGGCGUAGCGAUCGAGAUGGUGAGAAGAAAGAAGAAGAGAAGAUUGAGUGGACGAUGGAUUCGGAUUCUGAUGAUGAGCAGAAGAAGAUUGAGGAAGCUAGAAAGAGACGAUUACAAAUAAUGAAAAAGAUGGAAGGAGAAGAGACUGGUGAAAAUACUCCACGCGAAGGCAGCAGCACGCCGAGAAGUGACGCAGUCACCAGCAAGAAAACUGAUGAUUCUGAAGACAGCAGCUCAGAUUCUGACAGUGAUAAUGAGCAGGACAAGCAGUUGGCCGAGGCAAGAGCUCUCAUUAAAUCGACCCGUUUCGACAGCGAAAACAGCGGCACCUCCACUCCUGCUAGCUUCCAAUCUGAUAACGACACUCCAACUGACUUUUUUGCCGGACUCCGAGAUAAAAUGGUUCAUAUGGCUGGUGCUGAUGAGCAUAGUGUGGAUGAGACACUGAACAGAGAGAAGGAAGAUGAGAUACGCGAGGAUUGGCAGACCAAGUUGAAGGAACAGGAGAAACGAGAAGCUGAGAAAGAGAAAAAGAGGAAAGAAGCAGCGGAGAAGAAGAAUCAAGAAGAAGCAGACGAUGAUGGUUUCGAUAUGUUCGCUGAUAACGAGGAGCUUCCACAGGAUAGUACUACGAUUGAUGGGCAUUCUGGAGCGGUUCACGAUACUCUCAAAGAUAACUGGGAUGAUGUUGAGGGCUACUAUCGGGUGAGAAUCGGAGAACUUUUGGAUACUCGCUACCGAGUCGUUGGAUUCACUGGAGCUGGAGUCUUCGGUAAUGUGUGCAGAUGCAAUGAUCAAACCAAAGGGAAUACGGUAGCUGUGAAGAUUAUCAGAAACAACGAGGUUAUGUAUAAAACUGGACUCCGAGAGCUAGAAGUUCUGCGGAAGCUCAACGAAGCUGAUAAGGAGGAUAAGUACCACUGUCUUCGUCUGUUCAGAACCUUCAAACAUCAUAACCACCUGUGUUUGGUGUUUGAGAACUUGAGUAUGAAUUUGAGAGAGCUUUUGAAGAAGUACGGACAGAAAGAUGGUCUUCACUUAAAGGCGGUUCGGAGCUACGCGCAACAGCUUCUUCUCGCGCUUCGUCUUCUGAAGAAAUUGGAAUUCGUGCAUGCGGAUAUUAAACCGGAUAAUAUUCUGGUGAAUGAGUCGAAACUGACUCUCAAAUUGUGUGAUUUUGGAUCGGCAGGACGGGUCAAUGAGCAAGAGUUGGCGCCUUACUUAGUUUCAAGAUUUUAUCGUGCACCGGAAAUUAUGCUCGGUGUCCGUCACGACUACGCUAUUGAUCUGUGGUCCGUCGCUGUGACCCUUUACGAGGUAUACACUGGAAAAAUCAUGUUCCCAGGAAGAUCAAACAAUCACAUGUUGAAAUUGUUCACUGAUGUCAAGGGAAAAUAUCCAAAUAAGCUUGUCCGGAAAUCACAAUUCAAGGAUACCCACUUCGAUGUGAAUUGCAACCUGUUGUACCACGAAGUUGAUAAAGUCACCGAGAGAAACAAAAUUACGGUACUCGCAAAUCUCAAACCAACGCGUUGUCUUGAGUCGGAAUUGAUUGCUGGUCAACGACUGGGAAGAGAACAGAUGGAACAGGUGAGUGUACAAGCCUUCAGAAGUCUUCUCGACGGUAUGCUCGUUCUGGAUCCUAGCAAAAGAAUCACUUGUAAUGAAGCACUCAAGCAUCCAUUCUUCACUAUUCCUAUCAAAUAA